AUGAGUGCCCUGGAACAUGUAAUUUUACAACAUUAGCAGUUUAUAAAACCGAGUAGCAAGCAACUGAAAGUGUAGCCUGUCUUCAAGUGCUGUUGGGAGCAUGCUAGCACUGUGCCUGUUAUUGUGCGUUUUGGCGUCAGCCACCGGCUUGGGUCUACCCGAGUACAUACAGUCUUGUUCAAGAAAUGAUCCUAAUUUAAACGCGUGCGCUCUAAAAUCGGCGAGGGAAUCUCUCCACCAAUUCUCCAUGGGCGACCCGAACAGAGGUCUGGACCCGCUGGACCCGCUAUUCGUGCCCGUGAUGACAGUCUAUGUUCCCAAUGAAAACGGCCUGAAACUUGUCUUUAGUGACAAUUCCUUUAGUGGGCUCUCAGUGCUGCGACUUGAUGAUUUGAAGUUUGAUCUCAAUAAGAAAAUGAUAAUGGCCGAUGCUUUGGUAAAUUUGGACGUCACGAGCAAAUACGAUCUCAGCGGGAAACUACUGGUAAUUCCUAUCAAGUCCUCUGGCGAUUCCUCUAUUAAGCUCAAAAACGCAAAUCUUCACAUUCGCUUCUGGUACGAGCACGUCGAUGGCGACGAUGGAAAAAUUCAUUGGAAAAUAACAAAGCACGAUAUUAAAUACGAAGUGGAAAAGGCUAGUUUUCGUCUAGAAAACUUAUUGAAUGAUAAAAAUAUUGGUGACCAGGUGAACCGGUUCCUAAACGAAAUGUGGCGAGAAAUAGUGGCUGACGUGGGCCCGUCCAUCUGUCAGUCUCUGAGCACGGCCGUGGUCCAAAACCUGGACAAACUACUCGCUCAAGUUCCAUACGACGACCUUUUGCCAGAAUAAAAUUAAUAGUUAGUCUGGCCAGAAAUUCGUGUCUCUAAAAAGGGUGUUUUUUUUAAACUAGGCUUAUCUCUUUAGCUGUCAAUAUUGGGAGCACUUUUUUUUGCUAUUAUUUUCUGGCAAUGCAAAUUUGUUAGUACAAAUGGGCGCGAGAUAAAAUUCAUAUGGGAGAUCUAUCCUUUGCGCCUACCCUUUUCAAAUUUUCCGCCUUUUCCUACUAACAAAGCUGGCUGGCCAGACUAUAUCUUACCCCCUUUCAAAACUCUGUUAAAUUUUAUCUCUUUCUAAUGAUGGAUAGGGACAAUAGAUUAACAGUUUGUAACAUUUAACAGACGUUUAUGAAUAACGUCGCGUCGUUAGACUUAGUCAACAUAUCCAAACAAAUAUUUGUUAGGUACAUACCAUAUUGUCUUACUGUUAAGACCAUGUAUGUAAAUAUUUUAUGGCAUUUUACCUACAUGUAUUUUUAUCAUUAAACUUGAUUGUGUACCUAUUUAUUGCUUAA